AAGUGCACUGUCACUGCCUUUGGCUCAGGUGGCACGGCGCAAACAAACACAGAGGACAGCUUAGAUUGUUCUCCUGCAGCUGCAAGAAGUCAUUCAACUCCGGGAAGAAAAGAAAGAUUGUAGUAGGAGAUGUUUGCCAAACCUGGGGCUCCCCAGCGAGAAGAAAUGUUGACCAUCCAAGUUAAAAAUACCAUGUUGCAUCUGAACGGUCAAAACCUCAGGCUGGCAGCUAAAAAUGGCCGCAAUUCUAAAACACCUGGCCUCCAUCUGUCAGCGACACAUGGGAAGAAGACAGUGGGUCAGCUUAUGGCCUGCUCACUGACGCAGGAGGGCACGGCACAUUUGGACUUGUUGCUGCUCGAGUCGCCCAGGCCUGACUCGGAGAGGGAGGCCCAGAGUCAGCCAGUCAGAAGGCCACUGAAGCUCGCCCCGCUGGAGCUGCCAGAGGAGGUGAGGGAGGCUCAGAGGCAAAAACUUCAGUUUAUCCAGCAGGAAGCCAAACCUGCUUCCUGUAGGCUAGAUGCGACGGUGAAUGAGCCCCGAACGAGGAAGGUGAAAUCCUGUGUGAGGCAGAGAUUGGUAAAAGCUGCAGUGUGCCCUUCCGUUUCCACUGAGCCUCUCAAAGCCCAAAAGCAAAACCCAUCGUCACGGCCCCAGCUGACACGCUACGUCCCCGUAGAGCACAACGGGCACAGGCAUCUGGAGGAUGUGGUGUGUCGAGGUACGCCAGCUCCUCUGUGCAGCAAGCCUGCUCCUCCUUUACUCUCUCUCCGAGUUAAAGCUCUGGCUACACGCGGCGCAGAGGUGGCACGCCAAAACCCCAGCACCCUCCAGGAAGAGGUGGGAAAGAGGCGGCAAAGGCUGCGGAGAGCACAAUGCCUAGUAGAGGAUCACUGCAACUCAAACACGUCAACAGGGGGAUUAUGUGCAGAUAAAGGCAAGCUGGCCCAAGGUGUCCUAGGCAAAGGGCAGCGGGUGGAGAGGGAGAGGGUUCCGAGAGUCCUUCCGCAUCCUGGAAAAGGCAUCAAAGAGCCUCCUGCAGCCUCCUGGGAGCAUGGACGUGUCAGGAAAAGCUAUCAAGAGGAUCAGGCAGCAAACUGAAGGCGAAAGCGGUGAACACACACUCAACGGUGUGAUGACAAGUGCUUCUAAAUGGAGUAGGGCUGGGUAUCGUUCAAAAUGUCGGGCACCCAGAUAGCUCGGUUGGUAGAGCAGGUGCCCAUAUGUAGAGGUUUACUCCUCAACGCAGUGGUCCCAGGUUCAACUGCGGCCCUUUGCUGAAUGUCAUU